AAAAAAUCUUUGAUCAUGAUGGAAGUGCACACCAAUCUUUCCAGGCCUUGGUUCCAGAACUUUGAAGAGUAGAUAAGACUUUCGCAGUAACAUAAAGACUUCGACUUCUUCUACUCGCUAAGGUGCGUGCCACAUAAUUUUUCACUUGUUUCGUACACCGCGACCUUUACAUCAGAAAUUUCAGGAUGAAAAAGAAAAAUGGGGGACGCAAGAAUCAUGGCAGUCGGGGAGACGGCAAUCAUGCAAGAGCAGCCGCAGUAUUUGCACAAGGCUCUCAACUGAAAAUCGAUAUCCUUCCUGUUGAAGAGACAACGAGUGCUCAGGGCACCAAAACGACAGCCCAAGCAAACGCUCCAGCUGCUAGUUCUCAGCAACCUCAGCACUUGUCAAAGAAUGUGACAGCCUUGAGGUUCAUGAAGAAGAGUCAAACAACUUCUGCUGCAGCGACAUCUUCGAAUGCAAAAGCAUUUGCACCAGCGCCAUCAAGUACACCCAGCAGUGUCGCACCCACGAGUUCAUCUACGCAUACACAACAGGCUGAAAGUACAAAGCAAGCUGCUGGUGGAGUUGCUGCAUCAAAAGAAAGUGAUGAAACGGCACCAGCAGGAGACCUUUCACUCCCAGAUAGUGACGAAAUUGCACAGGAAUGGGAACUACCACAACGACAGCGAAACGAUGGAGACGACAAUGGCGAAACAUCAACAAGAAAGUCCGACGCUCCCCUCGCUGGUUUGUCUGUAGACCAACGAGAACCUCCAACCUUGACGACAGCAGCAAUACUAGGUGUCGUUCCCUAUGGUCGUCGAUCCUAUCAAGGCUGCAACGCGAGAUUGGAAGCAUUACUUGCAGAAAGGAAAAACAGAAAGCGUGCAGCACAAGGCGACAGAGAAAUGGAAGAUCAAAUGAAACUGCUACAAAAAUUCAAAAAACAACGAAAAUAGUGCGGUGGUCGAGGACGAAAUACCCUUGCACGACCCAGAUUUUUCUUCUAUGUUGAUCUCCCGAUUACCAAUAAUUUUCAAUUACGAAGCAAACU